CAUUCAAGAUGAAAAGAUUUAGAUCUGUUCUUUAAUCUGCAGGUUACUCCUUACAUGGGCACGUGAUCAGUGUGUGUAACAGCAAAGAUGUGGAGUGUGGAUUGCGGUGUUUGAGAAACGAGAGAUGUCGAUCAUAUAACUGUUUUCGUGCUCAGAGCCUCGGUUCCAUGUGCUAUUUAAACAACGAAACAAGAAGGUCCAAACCAAAAGACUUUGUGGCAAAUCAGGGUGUAACCUACUUUGAAGUACUGCAGCUGCAGGUCAUAAACUCAAAUUUUGUUCGUGAAGACCUUGGGAGAUGGAGUCAUCAACAGAAUAACUCUGGAUCUAGUGGAACCAUCAACCAAUCAGAAAAUAUUGGAUCGAGCUCCUCCUCACCUGGCGACUCCUGUAAACACAUUCGUGAGUCAAGAGAUUCCCUGGAAGACGGGGAGUACUGGAUCGACCCUGAGAAAAAUGGAAACCCUUUGAAAGUUUUCUGUGACAUGACAACCGACGGAGGUGGCUGGCUUCUUGUCGCUAACUUGGAGAUGCUCAGCUCUAAACCGCCCAAGAAAUGGACCACUGAGACAUCAUACCGCGGGAUCAGCAACUUUGCCAACAACGAAAUGGGUAUCAGACUGAGCGCCAUGAAAGAACUCAGAAGCCACUUGUCUUUCACUCAACUAAGAUUCUACUGCAGCAAACAACAAGGACGCACUUUCCACGUGACAACAGCUGCUAACAGCUCUGGUGAAGCUGUGGUCCAGUACUUCAGCGGCCAGACGGACGUUCUCCCCUCUUCUUGCAACUCGUUUGAAAGAAUGCAGGGAGAUAACUCCCGAUUAGCUUCAAAGUGUGAUAGAUGGGGAAAUGACGGCUCAAAAUACGCUGGAAAGUGGGGACAUCAUAAACACCGUGGAGAGCGUAGGAUGUACAAUCACGCAGCUUUCAUUCCAGAAGAAUAUCAUUGGGUGGCCGUUUUGGGUAAAUGGUGGUGUGAUGAUGAUAAUGGAAGUAAUUUAAUAGCGAUAUCACCCGGUGAUGUUUGGAAAGUUUAUGUGCGUUGAAAUUCCGAGUGCAUAUGCCUGUUUCCAUGAGGGCACCUCGUAAACAGGAUCAACUAUCCGUCAGGAAACCCAUACAAAACACCUCUUGAUUCCUGAGCCGUUCCUUGCACAGUUGUAGAUCACAGCCAAACAGUACAUGUCCAUCGAUCUGGCAAUGGUCCAAACUUCUUCAUCGGGAAAAAAGUCAAAAACCUAACAAAUCGUUCAUUACAUGUAGGAACCACCUGUUGACCAACGAGAUCUUGGAAUUUUGUACACUGUAAGAAAUUUGUAAAUAGUUUUUUAGUUUUAAGUCUGUUUAAAUUCCAUUUAGCCCUCAAUCUACAUAAUUUUGUGCACCAAUUAAUGGUAGGUGUAUUUUCAGGCUAUUUCAGAACGUGAAGUCAUCCGCAAUGAUGGCGUUCAAGAUGGCUGCCAUCCUUGAUUUUACGAAAAUUUCCAUUUAACCGAAAUAUGACGUAACACAACCGAACUCAUUUCAUGGAAUCAGAUCUUGUAGCCAUGGCAAUAUCAGUCCAAGAAAAUCCUCUUUCGCUAAGAGUUAAAAUAAAAUCUUCAGAAGAUUAGUCUGGAUAAAAGGGAAGCGAAGCUAAAAUUGUUGUUAAGAAUCAGUUUGCCUUACCAAUUAAACUGACAAGAAGACCUCCAGUAACCCAAUGGUUCAAGGUCUAAGCCCUUUGUUUUGUAUGCUAUUCACAAGGGAAUAUUCAAUUCAAAGUGUUUGCAAAGUUAUGUUGGUCCGGGUACAAACUUGAGGUAAAUUUGGAAAGUACUACUGUGACAAACUAUUACAAAAAUUCUCGAAUGUGAUUGGUUAUCACCAGCCCGAUUUGAGUACUUAUAGGACAGUAUACGCGUCAUGCUUGUAAUAAGACAGUGUAAUAGGACAGUUAAAGGGGCAAUUAACACGUCAUGCCUGUGAAAGUGGACAGAACACGUCAUGUGCGUGCGGUGUUGUCUCGCAUUUCGACGGGUUAACUGUUGCCAGUUUUUAUGAAAACUUAUAACCGAUAUCUACUUUCUUUUCUCAAAUUUUAUCACAUUUUUUAUUUAUUGGUAACAGGCCUUCUUGUCGUGCAAUUCUGUCUAUAAUCACAUUCGAUAAUCGGACUAACAAAUCGGACUCCCGCUCCGAGAUGGUCCAAUUUUGUUGAUCACUCGUAUGAUAACAGACCGAAUUGGACUCCACUCGGUCCUAUUACCAUAAUAAAUUCCCUUCUAAAGUAAGGUAAAA